UCCACCCGGUUUGUCCUCACCUCUCCUGGACAUGCUCCUCUCACACUGCCAGAGGAGGACGCACGAGGAGGAGGAGAAGGAGAAAGAGGAGAUGAGGAGAAGCAGCUGCCUCUUCUCUCCUAUUGCUCCAUCACUUUAAAAUGAGAAGAGCAACAACCAAAAGAAAACAGGACACAGGAAUUACUUUGGUACCAGAACCCCUACUCUUCCCCAUUCUCAUUUUCAAGGAGGGCAUUUUUCUUCCCUUUCCCCCCCUUUCCUUUUCUACCCCGAUUUUUUCCUCUGAGGUCCCGGUUUUGUUUUUGUCAUCAGCAAGCCCCUGAACUUCUCUGGGAUUUCAGGUGAGGCGCGCGUGUGCAGUGUGUGGUGCCUUUCCCCAUCAUUUUUCUCUACCUAUCAUGGCUCACGCGGCCUCCCAGCUGAAGAAGAAUCGGGGGGAAGUGGAUGUGAAUGCAUUAGAGGACGAGAAGGAGAAGCGGAGGAAGAGCAGGAGAGCAUCGUCCCGGGAACAAAAGAGAAAGUCUGACAGUAAUGCUAGUUACCUGCGAGCUGCCCGGGCGGGAAACCUUGAAAAAGUCCUUGACUACCUCAAGUCUGGAGUUGAGAUCAACAUUUGCAAUCAGAAUGGGCUAAAUGCUCUACACCUGGCCUCCAAAGAGGGACAUGUAGAGGUUGUUGCUGAGCUGCUGAAGCUUGAAGCAACAGUGGAUGCAGCCACAAAGAAAGGAAACACUGCUCUGCACAUAGCCUCACUGGCUGGCCAGACGGAAGUCGUCAAAGAGCUGGUCACUAACGGAGCCAAUGUCAACGCACAAUCUCAGAAUGGCUUCACUCCUCUAUACAUGGCGGCCCAGGAGAAUCACCUGGAGGUGGUGCGGUUCCUUCUGGAGAACAACGCCAGCCAGAGUAUUGCCACCGAGGAUGGCUUCACCCCUCUAGCGGUGGCCCUCCAGCAGGGCCAUGACCAGGUGGUCUCCCUGCUACUGGAGAACGAUACAAAGGGCAAGGUGCGUCUGCCUGCCCUGCACAUCGCUGCACGCAAGGAUGACACCAAGGCCGCGGCCCUGCUCCUUCAGAAUGACCACAAUGCCGACGUGGAGUCCAAGAGUGGCUUUACCCCCCUGCACAUCGCUGCUCAUUAUGGCAACAUUAACGUGGCCACAUUGCUGUUGAACAGAGGGGCUGCUGUGGACUUCAUGGCUAGGAAUGACAUCACUCCACUUCAUGUGGCAUCAAAAAGGGGCAACAGCAACAUGGUGAAGUUACUACUAGACAGAGGGGCCAAAAUAGAUGUAAAGACCAAGGACGGUCUAACACCUCUUCACUGUGGAGCGAGGAGCGGCCAUGAACAGGUGGUAGAAAUCCUGUUGGACCGAGGAGCUCCUAUCCUGUCCAAGACCAAGAACGGCCUGUCACCGCUGCACAUGGCCACUCAGGGGGACCACCUGAACUGCGUCCAGCUCCUGCUGCAUCACGAUGUGCCGGUGGAUGAUGUCACCAACGACUACCUGACUGCACUGCAUGUUGCUGCACACUGCGGGCACUACAAGGUGGCCAAGCUCAUCGUGGACAAGAAGGCUAACCCAAAUGCAAAGGCUCUGAAUGGUUUCACUCCUCUUCAUAUCGCCUGCAAGAAGAACAGAGUGAAAGUGAUGGAGCUCUUGCUGAAGCAUGGUGCUUCUAUCCAGGCUGUUACAGAGUCUGGCCUAACGCCAAUCCAUGUGGCAGCCUUCAUGGGCCAUGAGAACAUCGUUCAUGCGCUGACACGCCACGGAGCAUCACCAAACACAACCAACGUUCGAGGGGAGACGGCUCUCCACAUGGCAGCAAGGGCAGGCCAGGCAGAUGUAGUUCGAUACCUGCUGAAGAAUGGUGCCAAGGUGGACACCAAGUCUAAGGACGACCAGACAGCGUUGCACAUCUCCAGUCGGCUAGGAAAGGUUGACAUCGUCCAGCAGCUGCUGCAUUGUGGUGCAUCUGCCAACUCUGCCACCACUUCAGGUUAUACUCCCCUACACCUGGCCGCCCGUGAAGGACACCAAGAUGUUGCGUCCAUGCUGCUGGAGAACGGUGCCUCACUUUCAUCCUCCACAAAGAAAGGGUUCACUCCGCUGCAUGUAGCAGCCAAGUAUGGUAAGAUGGAAGUGGCCAGUUUGCUCCUUCAGAAGAGAGCCCCGCCGGACGCUGCCGGAAAGAGUGGCCUAACUCCGCUCCAUGUAGCCGCCCACUACGAUAAUCAGAGAGUGGCGCUGUUGUUACUGGAUCAGGGAUCUUCACCACAUGCUGCCGCCAAGAAUGGCUACACACCUCUCCACAUCGCUGCCAAAAAGAGCCAAAUGGACAUCGGGACCACACUGCUGGAGUACGGCGCGGACACCAACGCAAUGACACGGCAGGGCAUCACUCCAAUUCAUCUGGCAGCCCAGGAGGGCAGCGUGGACCUAGUGUCCCUUCUGCUGGCUAAGAAUGCUAACGUCAAUGUGUGCAAUAAGAGCGGACUCACGCCCCUGCACUUAGCAGCUCAGGAAGAUAGAGUCAAUGUUGCAGAAGUCCUUCUAAACCACGGUGCGGAUGUUGACCCACAAACUAAGAUCGGUUACACCCCGCUACAUGUGGCUUGUCACUACGGCAAUGCAAAGAUGGUGAAUUUCCUUUUGGAGAACCAUGCCAAAGUCAAUGCCAAAACAAAGAAUGGCUACACUCCACUCCACCAAGCGGCUCAGCAGGGACACACCCACAUCAUCAACCUACUGCUUCAGCACGGAGCCUCAGCUAACGAGCUCUCUGUGAAUGGGAACACUGCCCUUUCCAUUGCCCGUCGUCUGGGUUAUAUCUCUGUGGUGGACACUCUGAGGCCCAUGACCGAUGAAAAUCUCUCAGCCAUGAGUCCAUCAGAAAAACACAAAAUCAACGUCCCAGAGACCAUAAACGAGUUCCUGGACAUGUCAGAUGAUGAAGGUGAGGAUGCCAUGACCGGUGACACAGACAAAUACCUGCGACCUCAGGACCUGAAGGAGCUUGGGGAUGAUUCUCUCCCCCAGGAGGGCUAUAUGGGCCUCAGCAUAGGGGCCCGCUCCGCCAGCCCUAGAAUCAGCCUCCACUCAUUCAGUUCGGAUAGGUCCAACACUCUCAACCGGAGCUCCUUUGCCAGAGACAGCAUGAUGAUUGAGGAGAUUCUGGCCCCCCCAAAAGAUCCGCUUCAGACUGUCUGUAAAGACAUUUUCUACCUGGUCGACCCACAUAACAAGCACCUCGCCGUGACCGGGGACUAUAGUUCAGACUGUAUGCGCCGCUACAGCUGGACUCCGGACACUGUGGACCACAGUCACAACACUGCUUCCAGCCCUAUUCACUCUGGCUGCUCGUCCCCGUUCGCUCAGUAUGACCCAAGGUUCUUGGUCAGCUUCAUGGUGGAUGCUCGUGGUGGUUCAAUGAGAGGAAGCCGUCACAAUGGGAUGCGCAUCAUCAUUCCUCCCAGGAAUUGCACGGCACCUACGCGCAUCACCUGUCGCUUAGCCAAAAGGCACAAACUGGCCUAUCCUCCGCCUAUGGUGGAGGGAGAGGGGCUGGUCAGUCGAUUAAUUGAGGUCGGACCUGCUGGUGCUCAGUUUCUUGGACCUGUUAUUGUGGAAAUCCCUCAUUUUGGUUCAAUGAGAGGGAAAGAAAGGGAGCUGAUUGUGUUAAGGAGUGAUAACGGGGACACUUGGAAGGAACACCAGUUUGACACUAGGCCAGAAGACCUCACGGAACUGCUCGCUGGGAUGGAUGAAGAGAUGGACAGUCCCGAGGAGUUGGAGAAGAAGCGGAUCUGCCGCAUCAUCACAAGGGAUUUUCCGCAGUAUUUUGCUGUGGUGUCCAGGAUCAAGCAAGAGUCCAAUCACAUGGGUCCUGACGGAGGCGUCCUCUCCUGCAGCACGGUGCAGAUGGUCCAAGCCUCGUUUCCACAGGGAGCUCUAACCAAGAGGAUCCGUGUGGGUCUGCAGGCUCAGCCAGUGCCAGAUGAGUUAGUUAGGGCGGUCCUUGGAAACAGAGCAACCUUCAGCCCCAUCGUCACCGUUGAGCCUAGAAGGAGAAAGUUUCACAAGCCGAUCACUAUGACGAUCCCAGUCCCUCCCCGAUCGGCAGAAGGUCAUCCUAGUGGCCAGCGAGGCGAGUCUGCGCCAUGCCUGCGCUUGCUCUGCAGCAUCACAGGAGGGACGUCUCCUGCACAGUGGGAGGACAUCACAGGAACCACACCGCUGUCCUUUGUAACUGACUGUGUCUCCUUCACCACAAAUGUAUCGGCCAGGUUCUGGCUUGCAGACUGUCACCAGAUUCCUGAGACGGUAAGUCUAGCGUCUCAGUUAUACCGGGAGCUGAUCUGCGUGCCAUACCUGGCCAAGUUUGUGGUGUUUGCAAAAAUGAAUGACACUGUGGAGGCCCGGCUGCGCUGCUUCUGCAUGACCGACGACAAGGUGGACAAGACCUUAGAGCAGCAGGAAAACUUUGAGGAAGUGGCACGCAGCAAAGACAUUGAGGUUCUUGAGGGAAAACCCAUCUAUGUGGAUUGCUAUGGCAACCUUUCACCUCUCACCAAAAGCGGGCAGCAGUUGGUUUUUAACUUCUACUCUUUCAAGGAAAACAGACUUCCUUUCAAUGUGAAGGUUCGAGAUGUAGGCCAGGAGCCCUGUGGCCGCCUCUCCUUCCUGAGAGAACCCAAAACUGCUAAAGGCCUUCCACAGACUGCCAUAUGCAAUUUGAAUAUAACACUGCCGACUCACAAGAAGGAUAUGGAGUCUGACCCUGAUGAUGAGACUGAAAAGCCAGAACGACGUCAUACCUUUGCCUCCUUAGCUUUGCGUAAGCGCUACAGCUAUUUGACUGACCCAGCAGCGAAAACAACUGAUCGAAGCCCGCCAAGAACACAGGCUUCUGGCUACCCUCACAAACCUGUCUUUUCAACAAGGUCUUAUCAGGCGUGGUCGCCUGUUCCUAUCACCGUCCCUGGCCAAGCAAAGUCUGGGUUUGGUUCCCUCUCAAGCUCAUCAUCAAACACGCCUUCUGCCUCUCCCUUGAAAUCUGUAUGGUCCAUCAACUCUGCUUCCCCCAUUAAGACCAAUAUCCCUGGAUCACCAGCCUCCUCUGUAAAGUCAGUUAGUGACACAGCCUCUCCCAUUCGAUCGUACAGAUCUAUUUCAUCUCCUAUAAAAACUGUAAUCCACCAAUCCCAGUACCCUGUUCAGGUGUCCCCCAGCCCCAUGGCCUCUCCUGGUAAAAGUACUUCAGACCCUUUGUCAAUGAAAGGAUUUUCGGCAUUGUCCUGUAGAACCCCUAUCACAUCACCUGGAGGCGGAAGUCCUUAUCUUGAAAGAACAUCUAUGGGUCUGACCCCACCAACCUCUCCAAAAUCUUCUUUUAGCAUGUUUGGGUCUCCCCUGCCAUAUAAAACUAUAUUGGGAAGUUCAACUGGUACAACGCCAUCCUCCUCACCCAUUAAAACAGUCCCUGGUCUUACAUCUGUACGUUCUCUUGCAAUGGAUUCCACUGCUCCUGUAAGAAGCCUGUUCUCCUCUCUUUCCUCACCUAUUAAAUCCUCCAACCCUCCAAGUGCUGCUGCUCUGAUUAAUGGAACUGUUUCACCUGCACAGUACCGCUCUUCAUCCCCAACAACUCAUCUUGUGAGCAGCCUACAAGAAAGAAUACAAGCAACCACCAACGCUGCUACUACAAGUGUUGAUGCAGCCUUUGAUGAGGUUGAAAAGACAUUCAAUUCUUGCUCUGCAGGUUACGGCACUUUAAAGUCUUUUUCUUCGUCUGCCUCCUCCUCAUACCAGUCCAUGAGGUCAUCAGCAUCUGGUUCACUCUACGCCUCCCUAAGAUCUCCUCCUAAUGUCACAACUGCUGUAACUUCAAGUACAAUGACUGUUCCAGUAUACUCUGUGAUGAAUGUGGUGCCAGAGUCCCAGUUGAAAAGGAGAACCGAGGUGCCUCCCUCAGUGGCUGUCCUUCUGUCGCCUAGAAAAAGUAUUCCUUCUGAUGGGAAUACUCAGCCCUCAUUUGCCAAAACUCUGUCCCCUGUCAAAGCACCCCUUUAUUCUUCCAGCAUCAAAUCCAGCAUGGCAUCACCAUUGUCAUCAAGCCAAGAAAUUCUAAAGGAUGUAGCUGAAAUGAAAGAGGACUUGAUAAGAAUGUCAGCCAUUUUGCAGACAGACCCAAACUCUACAGCUAGCAAAGGGUUUCAGUCUGAUUCUCCCAAAGAGGCUAAGAUAGAGGAUGAGGAGCCAUAUCGGAUUGUGGAGAAAGUAAAACAAGACUUGGUAAAAGUAAGUGAAAUCCUGACUAAAGAUUCCAGGAAGGAUGGUAGGAUUUCUCCAUCUAGAGGUUCUUUGGAUGACAUACAAUUUUCAAAAGUGCAAGUUGAACAGCCACCAAGCAACUGGAGCUAUCCACCAAGAUAUGAGACAGUUGUUUCUCAAGCAAGAUCAAAAAACAUACCUGAUAGAGAUAUUAAUCUGUCUAAAGUGGUUGACUACCUAGCCAAUGAUGUUGGCACCAACACGUUCUCUAAAAUGCAUGACAUAAAACAGAAAGCAGAUGAAGGAAAAAGAGAAGGAGAGGGCAAAGAGAAGCAGAAACGAAUCCUAAAACCCACUAUAGCUGUUCAGGAGCAUAAGCUCAAAAUGCCUCCAACAACCAUGCGAUCUUCUCCCUCUGAAAAAGAAAUGAGUAAAGUGACUGAUGCACUUUUUGGUGGUGACACUGUGCUGGAAUCCCCUGACGACAUAUCCCAUGAGCAGGAUAAAAGUCCUCUCUCAGACAGUGGGUUUGAGACCAGGAGUGAGAGGACACCUUCAGCUCCUCAAAGUGCAGAAGGCACAGGUCCCAAGGCUCCAUUUCAGGAUAUCACAGUACCACCAGUUAUCACAGAGACUAGAACUGAAGUUGUGCAUGUCAUCAGGAGCUAUGAACCAGAGGAUGACAAGCAGUUAACAAUGGAAGAUGCAGAUUCUGAUAGAAAAAUAGACCCAGAUUUAAAGGGGCAUCAGACUCCUUCUUUAUCACUUCCAGACCAGAAUAAAUGCUAUUCUGUGAAAGGUAGCCCUGAUGAAGAUCCAAUGGGAAAGGGAAUGAGGGUGAAAGAGGAAACUCACAUCACUACCACCACCAGGAUGGUGUACCACAAACCAACUGGCAAAGAAGCUGCAUCUGAGAGGUGUGAAGAAACAAUGUCGGUGCAUGAUAUCAUGAGGGCUUUUCAGUCAGGAAAGGACCCCUCUAGAGAGCUGGCUGGAUUGUUUGAACACAAGUCUUGCAAUGAGGAAGUGUCACAAAGAUUGCUUGAGGACUCCAAACCUAAGGUUGAAAGAAUAAUUGAGGUUCAUAUUGAAAAGGGCAGUAAAACAGAACCAACAGAAGUAAUAAUUAGAGAGACAAAAAAUCAUGCAGAGAAAGACAUGUAUUACUACCAUGGGAGUAGACAAGAAGACGAGGAGCCCGAGGAGUCACUUCCAGUGUACCUUGAGUCCCCUAGAAUGAAUACCCCUUUGUCACAGGAAGAAGACAGUCGUCCCACUUCUGCUCAGCUAGUGUCCGAUGACUCCUAUAAAACAUUAAAGCUACUUAGCCAGCAAUCUGUAGAGUACCAUGAUGAUGAAUCAUCGGAGCUUAGAGGAGAAUCAUACAACUUUGCUGAAAAAAUGCUAUUAUCUGAGAAAAUUGAUCAAUCUCAUUCAGACACUGAAGAGUACCUGAGAGAUAGAUCCCGGUACCAUUCACCUGACAGAAGCACUCCCAGUAAGGGUAGGUCAUCUGCGCCUAGAACUGAGUAUGUAUUUCGGUCAUCAAGAAAUGUCUUUGAUAAAUCGGGUCGAAUGGCUAAUGUUGAUGAUAACUUUGACAAACUAACACUUUUGCAAUAUUCCUCAGAGCCUGGUAGCCCUAAGCAGUCUGUUUGGAUGCGUGUGCCAGAUGACACACACAGUAAGGAGAAAGAACAAGUUGUAUAUGAGGACAGAGUGGAUAGGACUGUAAAAGAGGCAGAGGAAAAACUUAGCGAGGUAUCUCAGUUUUUUCGGGAUAAAACAGAACAGCUUAAUGAUGAACUGUCAUCUCCAGAGAAGAAGUCUCGAAGAUCAGACUUCAGGGAAUCCCGAUCAGGGCCGAGUUCAACCCAAAGUAGCCCAGAGAGGUCACCCUAUAAAAGUGGGACAAAUGGGGAGGAGUGGAACAGAGAAAGAUUAAGAGAUAGAUUUGGUCCUAGUGAUAGAAAAUGUGCCAGUUUACCUAGCAGUCCCGAAAGAAGGGUAUUGCUCCAGUUAAGUGAUGCUGACUCUAGAAAACAAGGAGAUGGAAAAUUACAGGAAAGUGUUAGUGAUUGUCCUAAAUCUUUUCAAGUGUCUUCUUCCAAAGUGAGUGCAGUCAGAUUAAAGUUUGAACAAGAGGCUCAAAAGCAAGACAGGGUAAGUCCAGGGAGUCAUACCCAAAAUUCUCCUAUCAGGAAACUUCAGGAAACGAGACUACCAGUAUAUCAAAUGUUUUCUGGGUCUAGUAUUCAAAAAGUACCUGACAGUCCAGCAACCCAAAGAAAAUACCCAGAUACUACGUCACAUAAGCCAUCGCCCUGUCAGGAAACCAGUCGAAAAGAUCAGGAAGACAGCAAAUCAUUCAAAGCAUGGGAAAGCCAGAGGUAUGGACACUGUAAACCUCAGUCUUCAAAAUUAUCAAAUUAUUUGGCUCAUGAUUCUGUAAAAGAUUGCAGUAGUGAUUCCCAAAGGCAAGAAACAACUAAAAAGAUAAUUUAUACAGAAUUUGUUGUCAGAGAAGGUACAAGUACCAAUGACAGUAAAAAAAAAAACUCGGAAUCACAAAUUCCUGUAAAAAAAUCAUUUAAUUUUUCAGAAAACCACAAAUCCACCUCUUUAAAAUUAGAUGAACCAAAUGAAAUACCUGGGCAUCCAACAUCUACUUUAGGUAGAAAUCUGUUACACAGCAGCUCUGAAUCAAAUAAGUCUACUCACCGACGAUCCUUAGGAAAAUCCAUAGAAAGUAGCCAGUCAAAUGUAGUGUGUAAUGGUAUUGAUGAUGAUCAGGUACAAUACUUGGAUCAAGCAAUUCCGGUAGUUGUGACUGAGGGUUUCAAAGAUAUUAAACCUUUACCAGUGUAUGUCAGCAUCCAAGUUGGAAAGCAAUAUGAGAAGGAAACAACUUCAGGGCAGAAGGGGACUUACAAAAAGAUUGUGAGUCAUGAGAGUAGAACAGUACAUGAAACGAGAGGUGCAGUCUGCAGUGUCAAACAGAAACAGUCUCCUUCUCCUCAAGGAAGUCCAGAAGAUGACACUCUUGAACAGGUAACUUUCAUGGAUAGCUCGGGGAAAAGCCCUGUAACUCCUGAGACUCCAAGCUCGGAGGAACUGAGCUUAGCGUCAAGAACACCAGACUCUGUGAUUGGUUUCAUGACUGGCAUGCCAAGCCCUAUCCCUGAGGAAUCUGAGGAGGAAGAUGGAAAGACCUUCAUCUAUAAAGAACCAUUAAAAGAAAAACCUAAGUCAGCCACCUCAGAGACUCCCAGUAAAAAGCAGGAUGCAGAAAGAGGGAAGUCAAAGGAGAAAAGAGUUGCCUAUAUAGAGUUUCCACCCCCGCCUCCAUUAGAGUCAGAGCAGUCCAGUGCUAAGAAAAGGACUGCAUGUACUACCUCUGAGGCAGAGACAGAGAUGAUGGAGGUAAAUCUGCAAGAGGAGCAUGACAGACACCUUCUAGCUGAGCCUAUUAUUCGAGUCCAGCCUCCAUCCCCUAUCCCCCCAGGAGCUGAUAACAGUGAUUCUAGCGAUGAUGAGUCUGUCUUCCAUCCUGCCCCUGUCAAAAAGUACACCUUUAAAAUUAAAGAAGAUGGAGAAAAAUGUCAGAAAAACAAAAAGUUUGAGAAAGAUGGAAAUGGAAAGGAGUCUGGUGCUAAUGGUGGUGGAAAGGGAGAGGACACUGAAUUGGAACAAAAUGGAAAUGAUCAGUCAAUCACUGACUGCUCAAUAGCUACAACCGCUGAGUUCUCCCAUGACACAGAUGCUACAGAGAUUGACUCUUUAGAUGGAUAUGACCUUCAGGAUGAAGAUGACGGACUAAGUGAAGACCCUAAAACAUCUAGCUUGUCCAAUGACGGGAAAACUGCUGACCGUUCAUUUAAUCAGUCCAAGCUUGAAGUAAUAGAAGAAGAGAAAUGUGAGGAAGGAGGUGACAUUGGAAAGAAUAAAAGUAGUGCAUCUGCAGCAAAAGCAAGUGGUGAUAAGAAAGACUAUACCCUUGAAGGAAGACACCCAGAUAGAAAGAGCUCUGGGGAGAACUAUUUUGGAUACCAACUUCAAGAUGAGUUAAAUACAACCUUUAAAACUGUUGCUACAAAAGGUCUGGACUUUGACCCUUGGUCAACAAAAGGUGUAGAUAAUGAAGGGCUUUUUGAGUCUAAAGCAAAAGAAGAGGACCCAAAACCUUACAGUUUGUCGGCUGAGGAAAAAUCACAGGCUACAACACCUGACACAACCCCUGCUCGAACACCAACUGAUGAGAGCACGCCAACUAGUGAGCCUAACCCCUUCCCUUUCCAUGAAGGGAAGAUGUUUGAGAUGACACGCAGUGGUGCUAUUGACAUGAGCAAGCGGGACUUUGUUGAAGAGAGGCUUCAGUUUUUCCAGAUUGGUGAGCAUUCCUCUGACCCUACAACAGGGGAAAGGGGGAGAGGGGGAAUGAUCCAGGGGGUACCUUCCUCUCAGUCAAAAACUGGGGAGAGGUCAACAGUAGAUGGAAAGGUGACGGUUGUAGAUGUUACCUUAGACAGCAGCAGCACUAGACCAACAACACCAGCUACAACUGCAGCCAAAUACAAUCCUGCACAGCCUGGCAGUGACAUAGGUUGUGCUGUUACUAAUAUCCCUGCCUGUGAAGCCAUAGCUGAGACUGCCUCUUCAUGCACAAUCACUGCCUCUAAGGUUGAUUCCAAAUUACGAACUCCCAUUAAAAUGGGCAUAGCUGCCUCCAUAACUGUAAAGAAAGACUCAGGGGAUCUCCUGGACAGUAAAACUGAGUUGUCUGAGGGUCAGGUGGUGCCAGAAUACAUUAGUAUAGAGGGUAGGUGUUUGGAGAAACAGCCUAGCAGCCAUGCUGAGCCUAGGAAAGAAAAAAAAGAAUAUCCAUCUGAAAACUGCAACAACAACAAUAACUUGGAAUCAUCCAGUGUUCAGGCCAACUAUAUUCAUUGUGGUAGUUUAGUUUUUAAUUUACAGUCUUCCUCUGAGCCCACUCUACAGAAAGCUAGCAGAAUAGAAACCCUAUGCUGUAAAGAUAAGAAUGAGAGAGUCGAAGAGCCCACUAGCACUCAGGUUCAAGAGCAGAAAACAGAAGUAGUUAAAGAAAGUGAGGCAAAGCUGCCCAGGUCGAGGCUUCCUGUCAAAGCAUCAGGGUGGUCUUUUCAUACACAGGGAACGACUGUUGGGAAGCAGAAACCCAAACAAGCAGUAACAGGUGAGGUCAGGAAAAGAGGAGAUCCAUUGAUUGCUAAAGUUGAGCCUAGAUCAAGGAUACCGGUCAAAGAUGUUAAGAGGAUCAGUCAUGCUUCCACAGUUAGCUUACCUGUCUCAGUUCGUAUUACAUCACGUCCUGUAAAGACACUGAAUACAGCAAGAGCAGCCGUACAGCUACCCACAAGGCAACCACAAAAGGAUAAGCAUCAGGUCUGCAGUGUCACCAAUGAAGGAGCAUCUAGACAGAAUAGACAGGAAAACCCUAGUGAACUUUGUAAGCGCACCAUCGAAUACUUUAAAGACAUUAGCGGGGAGACGCUAAAGUUGGUGGAUCGCCUGUCAGACGAGGAGAAAAAGACGCAAACAGAGCAGUCGGAGGAAGACAGCACCUCCCGAAGCACCUCUCUGUCGGACGCCUCCCAGCCUUCCCAGCCCUCCCAGCCCUCCCGCUCAUCCAGGUCUGGUAGAGGUUCGAGGGCUGAGGCCGGGGCCGCGUCCGUAAGGGCAAAGGUGGCGACGACGGACAGGGCUUCCGGCAGUGAGAGGAGGAGAAGGAGUAGGCGGACUGGUGGGAAGGAGGGCAGUCAGGGACUCACAGGGUCUCGAACGCCUCCCAUCGCGGAGAUCAAGCCUAGUCCCCAAAGUCCUUGUGAGCGAACAGACCUGCGCAUGGCCAUCGUUGCAGAUCACCUGGGCCUCAGCUGGACAGAGCUGGCUCGGGAGAUGAACUUCACAGUGGAUGAGAUCAACCACAUAAGACUUGAGAACCCAAACUCUCUGACGGCACAGAGCUUCAUGCUUCUUAAAAAAUGGGUCAGUCGUGAAGGGAAAAAUGCCACAACGGAUGCCUUAACUGAAGUGCUGACCAAAGUCAAUCGGAUGGAUAUUGUGACUUUGCUGGAGGGCCCAAUAUUUGACUAUGGUAACAUUUCAGGCACGAGAUGUUUUGCCGAUGAUAACGCUGUUUUCCGGGAUCAGGCUGAUGAUUAUCAGAGCAUUCUAGCUGAGCUGCAGUCUCCUGCUGCUCUGCACUCCACUCCCCACUUCCUGGAGCCUGAACUCCCAGUCACCCCCAACCCUUCCCUUCCUCAGCAUCAGCAUCUCCAUUACCCCAAACCAGACUCCUCUCUUCAGACUUACAGUAACCCGCAGCUCACUGCCUGGAGCCCAGAGGUUGAAGCUUGUAGCAAAGAGCCAGAGAGCUCCCCUAAGAGUCCCCCAAGGCCCUGUGACCUUGCUCUGCCCGUUCCAACCUUUGAUUUUCCCGAUCCUCUUCCUUCUAAGGUCAGAAAGCCCCAUAUUGCUUUAAAUGACCAGCUUCUUUUGAGUGAAGAGGAGGACAGAUCUUUUCAAGAAAUGCAGCCAACCCUCAAGCCCAGGUCACAGUCCUUCCCAACAAUGUGUGAAUUGGACGUUGAAAUGGCAUUCUCUACGUCUUCACCUUCGCUGUCAUUCAUGUCUUCAAUAACUCCAUCAUCCUCCGACAGAACGUGUUUUGGUGUGCCGAUGGUCAACACCCUUGAUGCGGCACAAGACGACGUAGGUCAGAAAGGAAGUCAAAUGGAAGUCAAAGAAGAAAUUGAAAAGGUUGUUGCAGCUCAGUUAGCAGAGAGGAGUGGAUUAGUGCAGAAGUUGGUAGAACAAGAAUUGAUUAAAAAUGUGGAGAGAAAGUGUGAGAUGGUUGCAAAAGACAGGUCUCAGUUGGAAGAAGAAAAAACAAAAUUGGUGGAACAGAAAUGGUCUACAGAGCAGGCCAAAAGUCAUGUUAAUGUGCAGCACGAUGGUGUUCAAGAUGGGAAUAAAACAGGGGUAUAUAAGGAGGAGAAGGCUAGAGAUGAACAAAAUUUCUUAACGGAGAAUAUUAAUCUAAUAAAAACUGAACAUAAAGGAUUGAAAGAGGUUGUUUUUCAACCUCCGGCUGCUGGGGAUGAAGUACAAGUGAAGGAAAAAUUGGAAGAGGUUGAUUUAGAACUGUGUUAUAAAGAAGAAGCACCAGAACAUCAGCCUGUUUCUGAAAUUUCCCCUCAAGCUUGGGUUGAAGCGCUUGAGCAACUUCAGCCUAGUGAGUCUGGAUCCAAUGAGGAAGAACAGCAACGAGACAGAGAAAUGCCAGAGGAAGGAUCUUUGUUGGAGGAGGUGAUUAAAGAAGGCUCAGAGGAAAAGAAGGAGCAGGACACAGAAGUGAUUGAAUCAAGGCAUCAGAAGAGUUUUGAGGAGGUUGAACAUGCAGAAAAAAACAUAUGCUCACUUUCAGGAUGGCACAGUGAUUCAUCCAGCGUCAAUGUUGAGCCACCAACACCAGGCCGCAGUGUCAGCUCAGACCUACUGGACAGACAGGAAAGCCAGGAAAACUCUAGUGAGUCUAUCACCUCCUCGUCCAGAGCUGAAUCAGGGAGAUCCCGACCUAAUGGCGACAACUCAAAGCACUCACCUCAGGACGCCUCAUCGGAGUCAUCUAAUGGAAGAAAAGACAGCACACUAGUGUCGGAGAAAAAAAUUCAGCGGGUUAGUGUAGAUUCCGGUUCAGAUGAAGAACAGACUGUGACCACCAGAAUCUUCCGCCGUCGUCUCAUUUUAAAGGGAGAAGAAGCCAAAAACAUCCCAGGCGAGUCUAUGACAGAAGAGCACUAUAUGGACAAGGAUGGUAACCUCAUCAGUAGAAAAGUGAUCAGGAAAGUGAUUCGACGAGUCUCAACUCCAACUCCAGAAAACCAAGGAGGUGACAGGUGGAAAAGUGACUUUCACCACAGUCCCAUUCAGCAGGACUUUGGUUCUGAGCAGGGUGAUGGAGUAAGGAAAUGCAGACGAUCAGGGGAUAAAAAGCACCACUCGUAGGAAUGGUUUGGAGUUAUCAGGCUCACAGGAACCAUUGUUUAAGUCACCUGGGAACAACUGCUCAAACCAUUUUGAGGGUUCCAUUCAUUGGGAAGCAAUUAAAUAAAAGCUCCAGUCUGCUUCAAACAAGUGAUAUUUCUUUCCCGUAAGAGGAGUCAGACACUCUCGGUUUUACGCAUGAGCAUGAAAAACUCACUUUGGGUUAGUAAAAAAGGACCAGGUGGUUCCUUUCUUUUUUCGACUGCGGUGGACCAUUGGACAGAGAUUCUGCUUCCUGUUUGGCGUGAAACAGUCUGUGUUGCAGAUCUACUGAUGGUGCGAGAACUUUCUCAGGAGCAUCAUUUGCUGUUGGAAUAAGAAAAAGGACUAAACAGGCACAACUGUGACCAAAGAUGGCACAAAAGCUCAAGGAAAGAAUAAAGCAGACACUGUACCACAAAAAUAAUCAACCGGAGCUCUUUUGAACCCGACUACAACACUCGCCUUAUAGUCUUUUUUUCUUGUUUCAUUGCUCUCAAGAUGUAAAUUGUUUGAGGGGUUAUUUUUGUUUUUGCUCCUUUUUUAAAUUUAAACUAACAGGAUAAGCUUUUUUUUCUGUCUAGAGAAUGGGCAGUGUAUAAUUCUGAAAUAAAGGGCGCGUUAUUGAUAAGGGGCACUGGGGAGAAGGAUCCUUUUCAAGUGCUUUCAUAAACUACAGAAGCAGUUCAACUUUUAAGGAUCUGACUAACUUCACCAGUUCUUGUAUAUUUAAUUAUUAGAGCAGGUUUAAUGUUUGUACACACAAAAAGAUGGUUUGAUUUUAAUAGGGAGAAUGGGGAAUUUCCAGAAACUUUCUCUUCCCACCUUGGGAGCUGAUCUAAUUGAAAAAAAAAAAAACAGCCUUUCAGAGUUACUCAUAUUUUCAUGCAUGCUGUUCACCUUAUUUUAGGUACAAUUUUUACAAGUUUGCAAAUACUGUAUUCAAGUGAUAAAACCCUUUAUCUCUGUACACAUAAAGCCCUGAAAGGUUUCACCUGUUUUAUAUUUUGAACUGGCAAAUAAUGCCAUUCACUUGUUUUUAAUGCUGGGGCUGAGGAUGAAAAGCAUAUAGCUCGUUUAGGGUGUGAUGUCUCGUCUGUUUGUGUUAAAAACUGAAAGGGGCCGACUUCUGCUACUAGGACAAGGUGACCUGAAUGUAAAUGCUUGUAGGCGGGCUCGCUGUGAAAUUCAACUUGUACUGUGUGUAUUGGCAGUAAGGUGUUGGGAGUCCAUGUACACUGUUAGACUGUUUGUUACCAUUUUAGCUAAGUGUGGAUUUGGUUUUCUAACAGCUGGUGUGGUGUUAAUAAAGAAGUAUUGGGGCAUUCCUUUUUUUGAGGGUGGAUAUUUUAAUCAUAGGGUGGGGGGGGGGGGUAUUACUAUGAUUUAAAAGACAAUACGGACGAAUAAAGAUUUGAUUGUAGCUCUACAUAGAGUAAUGUAUGACAAAACAAUGGAUCAAAAACAUUAAUUUAAGCAUCAAUAAAUUGUGUUUAACUCUGAAACUGUGUUAUCUCUUUAGAAUUGAGGGACUGUAUAUGCAGUGUGAAAAAAAUGUUUUCAAUAGCUCACUGAGAGGAUUUUAUUUUGUAUUAGGAGCCAUCUUUGUAUUGGUUUCAUUAGGUUAAUUUAGUUCUAAAGCGUGGUGUUUUACUGAUGCAAGGCCUCAGUAUGCUGAUGUCUAUGCUGUGGACAUAAAAAACAACUAUGUGACCUGUUUUUAUUUUCUUUUGGUUGGGGAUACUUAAAGAACAUCAGAUAGGGUGCAAAAUGACGUCCCGCACUACUUCUAUGUCAGAUGAUGGGGGGGGCUAUAAAAGAUCCUUUGAUAUGAUUGGGAAUAGUUUUUUUUUUUUUUUGUCAAUUUUGUUUAAAAUGUGUUUUCACUUGAGCAGACUUUUUGAUGUACAAUUCCUACUAACAGAGUGAAGCCAUUGAAAAUGUUAAUAUUCUAGCACUUUGGUUAUUCAAGGUCUUUUAGAGGCUAUAGCAGCAAAUGAUGCCACCACAAAUGUUUCAGACAUCUUUAAAAGAUUUCAAACAAAACUUUAAAAAAAUAAAUAAAAAUGCAAAUAUUUCGCAGUA